AUGUCCCUCGUCGCCCAAUUCCUCACCCAAAUCAACAAAUAUGUCCGCCUCCAACAGGGCGACAACCUCCGCGCCUGGCUACAAGUCGAGCCCAACUCCGCAAAAACCUACUUCGACAUGGCGGCCGAGCUGCGCGCCAAGUUCAACACCCCGAGCAGCUUGGAGGCCGUCAUUGAGACGCACCUCCCCAUCGACGAUGACGUGCCGGACGGCAAGGCGACGGCGUGGCCUAGUUUUCAGUCCUUCAUGAAGGAUUAUCUUACGCUGUGGAGGGAUAUCAAUUACGACGAUUUGCUGGGGACGCAUGAGUUGUUGACUGCGCUGGUGAACUCCUGCGGCACGGCAUUUACGCAUCCUACCUACGGGGCUAUGCUCCUCCAAGCAAGCAUGUCCUUUUCUGUCACGCUCGCCCGUUUCACGCUCCAGCUCAACAGAAGGCCUGAUCUGACGCGGCGGAUUCGCUCUGUCGAUGAGGAGACGGGUGGUAAAUCCGUCGCGGAGUCGUCUGCUGAGAUUAUUCAGAAGAUCUUUACGACGUGCUUGACCGACCGGUCUGUGGGGAGAGUGCCGGAAGGGAAGAAGGUGGGCGUUUACAUGUUUGCCAAUCUUGUACUGAAGCUCCUAUUCGCGUGCCGACGAACAAACCUCGCCAAAAUGAUCUUCGUCAACAUAUCAACCAUAUCACCCCCCCUAUCCCUCUACCCUGCCUCCCAGCGCGUCACAUUCCUCUACUACCUCGGCCGCUUCAACUUCUCCAACCAGCACUACCACCGCGCGGCCCUGUGCCUCGAACAGGCCUACCUCCAAACACCGCCGCAGCUCGUCUCCCACCGCACAAACAUCCUCACCUACCUCAUCCCCUGCAACAUUCUCCUCGGCCGGUUCCCCUCCAGCACACUCCUCCAGCGCCCCGAAGCGGCAUCCCUCCAAGCCGUCUUCGCACCGCUCUGCCAGGCCAUUCGGUCCGGAAACUUCAUCCAGUUCCAGCACCAUCUGUCCACCCACGAAACCUGGCUUUUCGACAAGGGCCUUCUACUCGCUUUGACGCACCGCUUACGGCCCUUACUAUGGCGUUCUUUGGCCCGCAAAACCUUCAUGCUGACUUAUGUGCCGCCCACGGAUGCCGCUUCCCGCAAAGCAGCAACGCUAGACAUAGGCCAUUUACACGUGGUGGCGGUCUAUGUUCAGCGACGAUUAGAGGGGUGGCUGCCGUCUCAUCCAAACACAAGGGGGAGACCAUCUUCGCAGGCUAACCCGCUGUUCAUGAGGGCCGUGGCUAAUAAUGUGCCGGAUUCGGGAGAAACGACACUUGCUCCCCCGCCCGGAAGACCAAAGAAGCUGCGGCCAAACGAGGGCUUGGUCUGGGGGAAUGCUGAAAUCACGCUGGACGAUGUGGAAAUGAUGGUUGCCACGCUGGUGCAACAGGGCUUGAUGCACGGGUUCGUGGCUCAUGGACAGGCGAGGUUCGCCAUUAUCGGGGCCAAGGCAAAGGGUCCUGUCGUGGCGGGGUGGCCGGUGGUUUGGCAGGCCAUUCUGGAGAGGAGGUAUGAGGAGGAUUUUGAUAUUAAUGAUGUACCCGGGUGGGUGAAGGGUUGA